AUAGUCUGUCUGUGAGACCCUGCGCCGCAGCAUCCAUGGAUCAACAGAGUAGUUCAGUAGUUUUGAGGAGAUUGUAGCCAGCAGAAACCCCUUGAAGAAUUUCUGAGUGCGACUGGACGUCAACAUCUCGAGAACUGUCGCGCAUGCCGAUCGCGAACGGCCAGGAACAAGCAGCGCUCUAGGACUCGAGCUCGCCAACCCGAAAGCAGGAUAGACAUCGCCGACAAGACAUGCACUGCCUGCCAACAGCAGAUGCCGAGUGACGAGUUCCUGGGCGCCACGGGUCGCCAAUCGUUCGCCCAUUGUCGCACGUGCCAAUCUAGAAUUGCUACAAACCAGCAGCGUGCCAGAGCUGCACGACGUGGCAUUGGAGGAGCGCAGAGCUCUCAGCGACAGGUCCUUGCCCGACCUAACUCAGCGUCUAAGACUUGCACGUUAUGCAAGUUGGAAAAGCCUGAGAGGGAAUUCGUCGAUGUUACAGGUCGUCGACCGUUCGCCCGAUGCCACACGUGUCGAGAGAGGUUAACACGUAACAGACAGCGUGCCAGGGCAACAGCAAGAGUCAGAGCGAAUUUGCCAUCCCAUGUACCGGCAAGCGUUCUUGAAUGUGCAGGGUCAGUGUCUCGCAUGGGAAUCGAUGCAGACUAUGUACCGGAGGUCCACUCCAUUGGGUUGCGCGACAGACAAUGUACUCAUUGCGGUGCCCUCCACUUCGAGUGGGAGGAUACAUCCAAUGGUACCGGCAUCUACCUAAGCUGUUGCCACUACGGCCAGGUGCAGCCACGACGAGUCAAAGGACCGCCGGCACCACUCGAACGCCUGCUACACGGAGGAGAUACGAUCUCGAAGCACUUCAAGAACAACAUUACGGGGUAUAACAACGCAAUGGCAUUUACAUCUAUGGUUUACACGAAAGAUGAUCGACUCCCAGCUGAUGGAGGAGGCCCGAUCCCAUUCGUUGUGAAGGGUCAAUUGGCUCAUCUGCAUGCUGCGCUCUUCAAGCCAGCCAAUGCAAAAAAUGCUGCUUUCGCUCAGCUGUACCUAUAUGACCCUGAAGGCGCAACUGCGGCACGUUUUGACUAUUCUCAGACAAAUAAGAACGUAAAACGCUUCAAGAGUGUCAAAACCCAUUCAUCGCCGCGUACCAAACAGCGCAUGAGGUCGUUGAGCAGUGGCUUCGUGAACAUGAAACGGAACAACUUCGUCUCAGUCUCACCACACCAGAUUUGAGACUGGUCAUGGAAGAAGGAAGGGAUCGUCGACGGUACAAUUUACCAGUCGUCAAUGAGGUCGCAGCAAUUCUCCCGGACAGCGGCCGCCUCAAUCAAAAAAGCAUCAUCCUUCACGAACGCAAUGAAGAUGGAGGACUGAAUGACCGCAAACGACAUGUCGACCCGUGUCAUGUCGCAUACCUGCCACUGGCUUUUCCUUUGAUCUUCCCAUACGGAGAGCCGGGUUGG